AUGGAAGAGCCGAGGGAAACAUUAACAUGGCAAGGAUUGAUGCGGGAUCGCUUUGGCUGUCUUUGGCAGAGGGCGCGCUGGGAUGAUGACUUGACACAAAUGGACGCAAGAGAUGUGUGGUGGUGUGAGCCUACUGGCAAUGGAAGGAGCUCUGCAGAGGUAUACUACCGUGUCGACGCGCCACACUCCCCAUGUACGAUCCCCUUCGAGGGUUUCCACACAGACGAGCCAGGAAGUCAUCAGCAGUGUGAAAUUCAAAUCGCCGAGAUGCUGAAGCACAUUUUGAGAUGCGGCAUACCACAAGACUUGUGCUUGAUGAUGUGUGCCAUGCUGCCAGCCAAAGACCUGCGAGCCUUCAGUUGCUUAACCAGUCGCUUCCGCUCCGCGAGCACACGCGCUUGGAGCGAUUCGGCGGUUGACAACGCAAGGUCGCUCUUAGCCAUCAUGCGAAAGGACCAGCCUGAAUUCCUUGCACAAUGUAUUGCAGAUUCUGGCAUGUGCAAAGCUACCUUGGGAAAAGCGCUCCUAGAAGCGACUGACAAAGGCAGAAUCUACCGUCGCCAUCGCUGCUGCAGAUUGUUGGGAGAAGUUGGUGCCGUGAUUAGCGUGGAAGAUGCUGUUGUGGUGAUGGGUGGUGAAAAGAUGGGCAUUCAUGAAUACCAUGCUGGCAUGUACCUCCGUUCUUUUCCUGAACAACCUGACAUCCGCGUGUGCUAUGCAGAUGACUAUCGGGAAAAUUGUCUGGAACUUAAGGUCCCAUCCGACGAUCGGGGAAACUGUAUGGAAAUGGACCUUAGCGCACACAGAAGACUAGUUAUCCCCGAAACCUGGAAGGAACCUUUUUGGUGUCAUCAAGACGAUGGUGGGUACGAGCUUGUCCACGUGGCACUUUCCUCGAGCCUUGUCCCCCCCUCGGAGGGCUGGUACGGGAUUCUUCAUUACGCGGGGAUCCCGCCCAUUCGGACGAGGCCGGUGACGCUUGGAGACUUGCUUGAUGCAGGGCCCAAAGGAAGCGGCCCAAUGCUGCAAGAAGAGGAGGUCGAAAGAAGACACGGAAAGUACUCCCAGAGUUUUUUGAAACGCAGGCGCGCAACAGCUCGACCACCGCAGUGGAUACCCAUGAGUUGA